AUGGACAUCGCCUUUGUCGCUGGCAUGCCACCGGUAACGAGAGUGUUGAUGCUGCUUUCAGCGGCCUCGGUUGUGCUGGUGUCCUUUGGGCUCAUCCACCCGGUGCAAAUGAUCUUUAGUCCCACUCUCGUCUUUCAGGAGAAACAAUAUUGGCGAUUGCUGUCGACUUUUCUGUUUUUCGGCCACCUUGACCUCCGCAGUGUUAUUGAGUUAAACUGGCUACACAUGGUGAGCUGUAGUAUUGAAAUGCAGUACUUCCAACAACGCUGGUUGGACUACUGCUUCACCCUCCUUACGGGAAUGGUGCUUCUGCUCCUCCUUCAAAGUUUCCGUGUGAUUGAGACGCUGUACCUUAGCUUCUUAUUCUCCAAGUCGCUCGUGUAUCUCUUUGGUCGCCUGCUGCCCAACCAGGAGCUGAGCAUCUUUGGCCUGGUGACAGUGCAGGUUCGGAUGCUGCCACUUCUCCUUCUCGUUGUAGGCAUCGCCUUUGAGGGUCCUAGUGGCAUUUGGCUGGAUCUGGUGGCGAAUCUCGUUGGGCACGUCUUGUGGUACCUCCUCGAGAUAUUUCCACGAAUCACAAAGGUGCACCCGCUGCGGUUGCAGCAUCACUUUAUGCAGUGA